AUGGCUCAGGUCGAGUUGGCAGAACCACCUGCUUACGAUGACCAUGACUGGGACACCGUCUUAGACGAGGCUCCUGAAGAUUUAGGUAGCAGAGAUAUCACCCACCAUAUAAAUGUCGCAAUAAGGCUUGCACGCGACACACAUCGAGUGUGUACGAAACACUCAGAGGCUUUCCUCUCUCUCGCCCAUGAUGUCGGAGCCUACUACGCCCUUCUCGAGGCCAUAGUAGAGAGCAUAGCAGAUCAUGGUGUAAAUGACGAACAGACCAAAUCUGUAAUGCAUAACCUAUCAGCAUCCAAGGAUUGCUUAUUGGAUCUGCAAGCUCUGGUCACAAGAUACAGAGAUCUCCCAACAGCAAGUCAAAGAACAUGGGAUCACUCAAUGCGCAGAACGGAAGAAUCGGGUGGACUUCAAGGGCGGAUUAGAGCCAGCAUUAACUUGCUGGCUAAUCUAAAUAGUAAUAUCACUAGCUCGUCACAAACUGGUGUAACGGAGAUGCUCCAGAAGUAUAUCAGCGAAGCUCGAAGAGGCCAUCGCGAGGGGUCCAUCUUUGUGAGGCAAAAUCUUCAACCUUUACGUGAGGAUCAAAGUACCAUGUGGCAGCAGUUUCAAAAAGAGCUUCAAGACGUUGGAAUAACACCGGAGAUUUUCAAACGGGACCAACUUUUUAUAAAGACAAUUCUUCUAAAAGCCAUGGUUGAGGAUCAAGCACAAGAAAUACCGAGGAGCUCACGCAAUGAAGUGGAUAUGGAUCUUGCUAAAAGACUUGCUGCAACCACGAAAAUACAGGGAACUGCAUAUGGUGGUCCUGGAGAAUCCAAAAGUACACCGAGCUCGUCUAAAGGAGAGCCUAAUUCCGGAUUCAAGAAGAUAUCAACACCGAGGAAGGUUAACAGCCAUAUGUCCGGAACUAAACAGACUCUAUUUAGUGCUAUAUGUAGAGACGACCUUACCCUGGUGCGACAACUGCUAGAUGAAGGAAUGGACAUCGACAGCCGAGAUGACAUCAACGGUGGCGAUACGCCGCUAAUUACAGCAGUUGCAUAUGAUCAAGUUGACAUAGCCGAGUUGCUCCUGGAAAGAGGAGCCAACAUCGAGGCAAAAACAUACCAUAGCGAAGAAACCGCCUUGAUAAAGGCUGCCGCGUCCGGAAGAUAUAAAAUAUUGCUCCUGAUUCUAGAGAAGCGGCCAGAUCUGGAGGCUAGAGAUAGAAAUGACCGGACUGCACUGUUCAGAGCAUGCUCCAGUGGUUAUGGGGAAGAGGUCUCGGCGCUGCUCGCUGCAAGAGCUGAUAUCGGAGCCAAAGACAAAAAUAACAGGACUCCAUUGAUGGAAGCCUCACGGUUGGCCUACAAACCAACGGUUCAACUCCUAAUCAAACAUGGAGCAGCUCGCCGAUGA